CAAAAAAAAAACAACAGAACGUAGUCGCCGACAUUUUUUGAAACGAAUUGACUAAAAUUCCAUUAAAUUGUUUUUGCUCCAAAUAAAAACUGCUUGAAGCAGAGCAUGCAAAUCGUGUAUGGCUUUUUCGUGUUGUGACGCAAACUGAAUUUUAAAAAAUUUCUGGUGAAAAAGACUUACAUUUGCAUAACGAAAUAAUAUUUAAUUUGAAUAUUGUGCGGAAAAGAGGAGUGUGUUGUUUUUAAAAAGAAAAACUUUAUUUGCAGCAAAAAGUGACAAACAUUUGAUAGAAAAAUGACAUCGACCUGGGCCGAAAUCCACAAAAAAUAUAUAUCAGCAUUCGAAGAGCUGACAACAGACGCUUUGAUAAAAAUAAAUGAAGCGUUAUUACAAUCUGGACAAAAAUUUGACACCAAAAAGAGAGAACUCAUCGUGAAGAGCAUCAACUCACGUUUGGAGGAAUCGCUGGAUUUUCUGGAUGUCCUAAACCCGGCACCUGAGACAAUAGACAACAAUGAACACAAUCAAUCCGUCAAUCAAUGUUCUGAAAGGGUUAAAAGGGUCCGCCCAUCAUUAGAUUCAAACAUUUCAAUCGAUCGGCGAUCAACAUGUUCGCCGACCACUUCAAAUCAACCGAUGGCAUCACCCGUUCCGUGUCUCAAUCCGACUCUAUUAAACAUGAACUGGGUUAAAAAGGAAGAAAUGGACUUCGAAACAUUCAUCAUUUCAUCACCAGUGUGGGAAGAACCCUUGAAUUCGGAAACUGAACCACCAGAGCAGCCGAAGAAUCAGGAAGAUGUUGAUCAUUCAGUGCCACCGAUUGAAUUUCAAUCGUUUAAACGCGAAAACUCCAUGGAUAUUGACAGUGAAACUACCAACCUACAGAAUACUGAUGAUGAUGUUCGAGAGAAUGAAUUGAGUCCUGCCUUUCGCGAGGGAGAUAUAAUGUUUGCCUGUUUUUACUGCAUGCCACACUAUUACACCACUAAAUUCGAAAAAGUGUAUGAGCACUGGCAAAACAGUCAUAUUCCUGCCAGAGAGCCGUUUCGAUUCAUUGCGACUAAAAAAGCUGCCUGUUUCUAUUGCGAUCGGGUGGACAAGUUUUCUACACUUGGAGCCCAUCACAAGCAUCAACAUCAUGCGGAAGUAUUUGUUGUUGUUGACAAAGACAAUAAAUCAAAAUGUGGUCUAUGCCACAAGAUUUUCUCUUCGUCAGAAAUGGUGAAACAUUCGAAGAAAAAGCAUACUUCACACCAUCUCGCCGACAUUCACAGUCCGGUUUGUUUAACGCAAAACGAAAUCGAGGAACUGCUCACAAUUAAUGCGACAAAAGCAUCCAGUGAUGUACCUACACGAAUAACAGCCUUUAAAUGUGGCCAUUGUCGUAGUGUUAAGAAAAUAUCUGAGAUUUCGUUUCUUGACCAUAUCGAGCAGGAUGCUUUCAAAUUUCAAUGCUCUGUAUGUUCAGAGGUGACUGUGAACAUCAAUGGAGCAAGAGCUCAUGACGAAAUCUUACAUGAUUUGAAAGAUACGCACCACAAAUAUUUAAGUCAAUUAAUUGAUCGCCUGGAGCGCUACUAUUACAGAACACAACUCAUGUUCUCGAACGGACUGGUGUUGUAUCACCAAAAUUUGUUGAGUACAACUUUUGACGAAAGUUCAGCAUUUUGGUCAUUACGAGACAAAAUUAAAAAGAAACAGUUAGACGACUGCUUUUCGAAUCAAGAGAGUUCCCCGGUGUUGACAAAAAAACUUCGCGAAAAUCAACUAAUGCUACAGAGUUCGUUUGGAAAUAAUUUGUGCAUUACAGGAAUCACAAAUACCCAAACGGAUGAACAACUGUCGUCCAUAUUUUUGGUGAUCUGUAAAGCAACUAACGUUGAUGCAACUAUGCACGAUGUUGAGUGCAUUACACAACGGAAAUCCGAUAUUUUGGUCAAAUUGUAUCAACGAAAAUUGAAAAACAACAUAAUUCAGGCUUGGAAAGGCAUGAGCAAAAAAGAUAGAUUCGAUAAAUGUAAGAGAAUUGGCAGAAGUAUUGACAUUCAAUGCGAUUUUACGCCAUUUUUUAAAAAAUUAUUUGGAUGCGCCGAAAGAGCAAAGGGAAGAAAUCAAAUUCAAUGGUACUAUUUCAAUAGUAACAAGGGGUUGAAUGUCAAAACUAAAAACCAAGAAAGCAUAAUAAUUUGGUCAAAGACGGAUCUUUUGAAUUAUAUAGAUUCGGCGGGCAAAAAGAAAUCACAUAAGACACGAAUUUAAUUUCACUUAUUUCUAUUGAUUGGAGCAAUUUUAAAUUAAUGAAUCAAUGCAAUGAUCAAACGAAGAGUAGAUAUGUCAAGUUUUUUAUUAUUAAUCCAAUGGAAUAGGUUAUUAUGUAGACAAUAAGCAAGCAUCCCUCGACGACUUAAAGACGAUGCAUUCAAUAUUCAAAUAUAUGCAUUUUCAAUGCUUUAGUUAUUAAGCUAAAAAAGAUUAGAAUUUAUGAAAAACUGUAAAGAAUCUCAACGAAGUUCUGUUUUUGACAUAAAUAAUAACUGUUUGUAAAAGAAAUUUUUUCGAAAAAAAAUUCUUUGUGAAAAAAUCCUAAUUAGAGAUUGUUCAAAUGUCUUAAUCAUAAUAAUAAAUAAAAAUAAAGAGUCUUACAGGAGUAAGACGAACUUUUCCGCACGACGAA